AUGAAAAGUAAAGAACUUCAACAACUAGUACUUUCAAAGCAUGAAAGUGGUGAUUCCAUAGCGAAAAUUUUUCGCGAUUUAAACGGUGCUAUUAGUUAUGAUACAGUGAGAAGAUGGUGUAAUAUGAUUGAGAAGACUGGUGCUAUUCAAUUAUCUGCUCCACCAGGUCCUCCACGUAUUAUUCGUACAAAACAAAUGUUUGAAAAAGUGAAAAGUCGCUUAAAACAGAAGAAAAAGGUUUCUUCUCGAAUAUUGGCUCAUGCAAUUAGUAUUUCACGAACUAGUGUUCGCCGAAUACUAAGAGAUGAUCGACAAUAUCAUGCAUAUAAAAUGCGAGUCGUACCAUUGCUUGAAGGUGUUUUCCCGUUGGUAAUUUUGGGUAAAGAAUCAAUGAAUCAUGAACGAUACAUAAAAAAUGUUCUACCUGUGGCUUUAAAGUAUGGAAAUGAAAUGUUUGGAAAUGAUUGGAUAUUCCAGCAGGAAAAUGCUACAGCCCAUACCCAUAUUCUAACACAGCAAUGGUCCCAAGAACAUUUUCCAAUGUUCAUCGAUAAAGAUCAUUGGCCCCAAAAUAGUCCUGAUUUAAAUCCCCUAGAUUACUGCAUAUGGGAUGAGUUUGUGAGCCACAUCAACUGGAACAAUAUACAAUUAAAAGUAACUUUGAUUCAUGAACUAAAACGUGCUGCGAAAAAGAUUCGGUUACAAGUAGUGUUUGAAAGUUGUAACAAGUGGACUAACCGAUUGUAUCGUUUAAAAUAA